AUGGAUAUAACAGAAAAACAUCUCCCGCUGAAAACAGUUUUUGUUCAAAAUCUUCCAUUUUCAACGACAACUGAAAAGUUAAGAGAACUUUUUGCAAAAUAUGGAGAAAUGAAGCAAUGUUUUGUCGUCGCUGAUAAAAAUAAACCAGAAAAUCAGUGCAAAGGAAUAGGGUACGUUAUUUUCGCUGAUGAAGUGAGUUCGAAAAGAUGCGUAAAAAAUAAAUUGAAGUUUGGUGGCCGUAAUCUACGAGUCUAUUAUGCGAAGCCAAAA